AUGAAGCAACUGUUAUACACCACUACUUUUCUAAUAGCACUCGGUUUUACACAAGCUAGUGUAGCCUAGAGCAGAAUGAAGAUGUACAUGAAGCAACUAGCUUAGCAAUAGCAAUAGCUAGGUUGCUAGACUUCGAUGAAUAGAUUCAAGUCUGGUCCUCCAGAUUACGAAAACAUCAUCAAGAACAGUAAUACUUUUUGGAAUGAUACAUCCUUCCCUGCGGAUGGUACUUCAAUCUAAUGGACUGACACCCAAUACACCAGAAACGGAUUAUACUACUACUCAUCUUCUAAGUGGUCUAGAUUAAACGAUCUUUGCCCAAAUUGCACAAUGUUUGGUACUGGAGACUAUUUGAACGAUAUUGCUUAAGGAGCUCUAGGUGACUGUUACUUCAUGGCCGGAGCAACAGCUGUUGCCGAAAUCGAUAAAAGAUUCAACAAAAUCUUUGUCAAUCCUGAGAUAAACUGGGCUGGACUCUAUGCUUUCAAUGUUUACGUGAGAGGUAUUCCACAUGUGAUGGUAGUUGAUGAUGCAGUCCCAGCAGGAUCUCAAGGAAAAUCACCAUCUUUUGCUGGAAUUGGUAGUGAUGGUUCCAUCUGGGGACCACUUCUAGAAAAGGCUUGGGCUAAGUUUUCCAACAACUAUGAGUACAUAGUAGGAGGAAGUCCUAAUGAGGCUGUUUAAUUCCUUACAAAUUCUCCAACUUCCCAGUUCAACACAAACUAAUUCAGUCUUGAUGCUAUUUGGAAACUUGUGAGCGAAUCUGACAUUAAAACCAACAUAAUGAGUGUUGUCACAAAUACAUCUGGAGAUGCUGUGUGUCCAUUCAAUCUCGCUUGCCAACAUGUGUAUACACUACUCGGAGUUGCAAGUGUUUACAAUGCUGAUAAAACUCAAGUUACAAAUUUAUACAGAAUCAGAAACCCAUGGAAGGCUGACGCUGGCUUCAAUGGUACAUUUUCAGAUAAUGCUCUUAUCUGGAAUACACUUGGUUUAGAUGGAAAGACAUAUGCACAACAAGCUGGCCAUGUCGUUGCUGAUGAUGGUAUUUUCUGGACCACUCCAGAAGAGUUUGUUUAAUCUUUCGUGGCAGUGUUCACAGGAGAAUAUAGAGAUGAGUUUGUGACUUCAUGGUAUGAUAAGAUUGACGACCAAGUUGCUAAUUCAACAAAUCCAUCAAAGUACACCUUCACUAUCACAGAAUCUACUCCAAUGACCAUCAGAGUUGUUACCUACCCUUUCAGAAUGUAUCCAGUCUCAUGUAAAUAGACAGCUUCAAUUCUCAAAGUAGUUCUAAAGGACAGCUAAGGAAACUGGGUAGAUUAUGUUCACUAUUUUGAGGUUUCAGGCUCAUACAUCAGUCUUAUUGAUAAGCCAUUAGCCCCAGGAACAUACACUAUUGAAUUUUAUCCUUCAUGGACUCAAGGAGAUAUCAAGGAUUACGGUGUAAUUAUCUAAUCUCCAAGAGAUAUUGAGAUCACUGAUGUCAACGGCAAGACUAGCAGAAAGACAUCACAUGAUCUUACUCAUAAGGAUUUGAAACCAGCUGUUGCUCAAUUAGCUAAGCCAGAAAAGCCAAAGCUCCCAGAUUUCUCUCAGCAAGGUCCCGAAUACACAUUAACUGGAAAUCUAGAUGCUGAUAUUGCCGGAAUCAGAUCAUCAAAAUCCUUCCCAAUUAGUAAUUACGGCAUUACUUUGACAGGCUUUAAAUAUGUGAGAGUCCCAGAUCAAAGAGUUGAGGUAGUAUUUUUCUUUGGAACUCUAACUGAAGACUAUACUUACACAGCUACUGCCUGGGUAACCACCACAGUUGGAUACAAGUUCAAAUUUACCUAAGGAAAUGACAAAUGUAAAAUUACUAACGAUGCUGCAGCAAAUGAAGACACAAUUGAAUGUGCCUGCGUUGUCAAGCCAGAAACUUAUCCAAAAGAAUGCAUGCUAGUAAUGGUGUCAGCUCAAAACGAAUAUUUCUCUCCUAGUUAUAGUCAAAGGUACUCAUGGUGA